AUGUUGAAAAAACAUUUUCCAAAGAUAUUUCCUCUAUUUAAGAAAAAUGUAAAGAAAAAUGCAAAUAGAAGUUAUGAGAUUACACCUGAGUUAGAAAAAAUUUGGACUGAAGAAAAGAAAAAAUGGGACAACUUUGCAGAGAAAAGGGCCGUAAGAAUGACUUCUAAAAAUUCUAAAAGAAAUGUUAAAAUAUCAGAAGCAUCAGAAUUAAAACCAAUACCAUUGAGAUCAUCCUCACCUAAUUUCAAUGAGGCACUAAGAGUGAGCAUUCAAUCAGCUUUAGUUAAAGAUCAUGUUAUUCCUGAAGUUAAAGUCACUAAUUUCCCAAAAGAAUAUGUUCUUCCCAAAAUCAAUAUUGGCAUGCUUUUAAGUCAAGAUUUUAAUAUUGAAAGACUUGAUGAUAUUUUUGAUAAUGACACUUCAAAUAUAAAAAAUAUAAAAGAUAUUCAAACAUUUAUUAACUUACUAUAUAGUGCUGUACAGAACAGACUUGUAUCAGGAGAAACAAACAAUAACUCAUUAGUAAAUAAUUUACUUCAAAUUAGUAAAUUAGAUACCUUGCCCUUUAACAAAAAAACUCGAAUUCGUUCAUCAUGCAAACUAUUUGAUGGUGGUAAUCUUUAUGAAUCAUUAUAUCCUAAACUUCCUGAAUUAAUUGUAGAUUAUAACAAACGUAAAGCAAUGAUAGUUGUGAAUGAAUAUCCGUAUAAUUUUGAUAAAAAUAUUUCCGAAAUACGAAUUGCUGCUGAAAUAUUCUCAUGUGGUAAUGAAACUAGACGUAGAACUUUUAAAAAUUCAGAACAGAUUAUAUUUGCUGUUCGCUUUAUUUCUACUUAUGUUACAUUCUAUAAGGCUGUAAUUUCUACAGAAUAUUGGAAGGAGCUUGAUAAUGGCUUACCAUUAGAUCAGUCUAUUUUAAUUAAAAGAUGGCCACAAAAAAAUGGUUUGCGAACUGGUCUUGAUAUUACAGAUCCAAAUGAAAGACAAGAAGUGUUAUUAGCAUUAGCUAAAAUUCGACAAUUUAUUUUGCAAGAUGCUAGUUAUAGUAGGUGA